AUGAGGGAAGCAUUUCUCAGCAGGUUUCAGGAAUUUAAAGACAGCAGAGCAACUUUAGCAUUUGUUAAAAAUCAACUUAAUGCUACCAUAACCUACUUAAACUUUUCUCCUUUUGGUAUUGACAUCGGUAGCUUUGAAAUGCAGUUGCUGGAUUUACAGAACAAGGAAAUAUGGCACUCUAAAUUCGAAAGUCUUUGUGUGGAAUUAGAAAUAUUACAGAAGAAAAAAUGUGAGCUUAGUUCACAACAAAAGUGGUCUGCUUUAAAUGAUCUGGAGAAAGAAGAUAUGAUUAUUUUUACCACUUGGAAUAGUAUUCCUGAUUCUUACGAUCAGCUGAAAAAGCUCGCGUUUGCUGUUCUUUCCUUUUUCGGUUCGACAUAUAUAUGCGAACAAUAUUUUUCUAGCAUGAAUAUUAUUCAGAGUCAAUUGAGAAGUCGUCUUACUGAUGGAAACUUGGAAUCAUGCCUAAAAUUAAAAACUACAACUUAA